AUGCUCACCAACUUACAGGCAACUAAUGCGCUAACCAGUUCCAAUUACCCUUCUCAUGGCCUGUCGUAUGGGCUCGGCACGCCUCCUCACUCGGGCUUCUGCGUUGCCCAGGCUUUCGCUACCCAGGAAACCCCAUUUCCGACUACUACCGCUGCCCAGAGCUUUCUCAUCAUCCAGUGCGCCCAGCCCAUCUUCCACGCCAUUCGCUCUCCUAACCAAGUUGUCCGCAAAGCACAUCGUCAGUCUGGCGCCGCCGCCAAGACACCCUCCACAGUCACCAUCCGCGGACACACCUGCAAAACGGACCCCGAGUGGUUCAAUAUCCCCGAUAAUGUCCUCGACGCCGCCACGCGCCGGCUGCAUCUGCAGAAGGACCACCCUGUUUGCAUCACCCGUCAGAUCAUCCAGGCCAACUUCCCCGCGCCGACCUUCAAGUACCACAACGAUUUCAGCCCCGUCGUGACGACGCGGCAAAACUUUGACUCGCUCGGCUUCCCUGCCGACCACCCCGGCCGCGCCCGCUCCGACACCUACUACAUCGACGCCGCCACCCUGCUGCGGACUCACACGAGCGCCCACCAGGCCGAGACCUUUCGCGCCAACGAGAGCGCCGGCUACCUCAUCUCCGCCGACGUCUACCGCCGCGACGCCGUCGACCGCAGCCACUACCCGGCCUUUCACCAGAUGGAGGGCGCCCGCCACUGGGACCGCCGCGAGGUGCCGGGCGGCGAUGUCACCGCCGCGGUCCGCCGCGACCUCGAGGCGCUACCGGAGCAUGGCGUCAUCGUUGAGGAUCCGAACCCGCCGUGGCACGCGGAGCGGAACCCCAUCCAGGACGCGCACCACUCCGCCGCUGAGGCCGAGGCCAUCGGCGCGCACCUGAAGCGCUCGCUGGAGAACAUGGUUGUGGACGUCUUCUCGCGGGCCAAGGCCGCGGCCAAGCGUGCGGACCCGGACUUCGUGGACGAGCCGCUCAGAAUGCGCUGGGUGGAGGCUUACUUCCCCUUCACCAGCCCGUCGUGGGAGCUGGAGGUGUACUACGCCGGCGACUGGCUCGAGGUCCUCGGCUGCGGGGUGGUGAAGCAGGACUUGUUCAUCAACGCCGGCGUCCCAUCCAAGCUGGGCUGGGCAUUUGGAAUUGGCAUCGACCGCAUCGCCAUGCUGCUGUUCAAGAUCCCAGACAUCCGCCUGUUUUGGUCGCGGGACAACCGCUUCCUCACGCAGUUCGCCGGCGUCUCGGACGACCUGGACAAGUUGAAGCUGUUUGCUCCGUUUUCCAAGUACCCACCCAGCCCUCGCGACGUCUCGUUCUGGCUCAACACCUCUACGUCUUCAGCGGCGGGGGGGAACACCAAGAACGCCUUUCACGAAAACGACGUCAUGGAGCUUGUGCGCAACAUUGCUGGCGACGUCGUCGAGGAUGUACGACUCAUCGACGAGUUUACACACCCCAAGACGGGGAAAAAGAGCAUGGCGUAUCACAUCGUGUACCGCAGCCUGGAGAGGACGUUGACGACGGAGGAGGCCAACAAGUACCAUGAUCUGGUAAGAAAGGCAUUGGUUGAAGAGCUUGGAGUUGAAUUGCGGUAA